AUGUGGUUGGAUAGCACGGGCAUGAAGAAGAAGAAUAAAUCAACAGCAUUCACUUUUGGAUGUUUUGGCUCAGACGCGAGCAAAGUGGAAGUUUUGCAGUCCUGCAACGGUUUAAUUUUGUGUGGUAUAAGGACUGAUCCAGCUGACAAGAUUUACGUAUACAAUCCAUCCAAUAAUGUGUUUAAGAUGCUUCCACCAAUACUUAAUAUGAAAUACAACAGACAAUUGGAUAAGAUAAGAUUGGCUUUUGAUCCUACAAAAUCACCUCACUACAAAGUACUGCAUGCUCAACAAAUAGGUUAUGAUCCAAUUCGACGACGACCAUAUUGGUUUCAAACACGGAUCUACUCUUCAGAAACAAGUUGUUGGAGAAGCUGUAGUAUUAAAUAUCCUACACAAUGGUUUAGUGGGUAUUUUUACAAGGGAGUAUAUUGGAACGAUGCAAUUCAUUGGUUGGAUCAUUGGAAUCGGGUUAGGCAUUUCAAGUUAGAUGUAGAGCAUCCACCUGAUACAACCACACAAAUCCCGAUAACCUUGCAUUGGAACAACUAUAAAGAGUUGUUUGAGUCCUGUGGUUGUUUGUUAUUUGCUUCUUAUGCAGGUGAUUAUCAUCCCAAAUGCAUGGAAAUUUAUGAGAUGAGAAAUGGGUAUACUGGGUGGUCACUGAGAUACAUUGUUAAUUAUGAAGAAAGUAGUCUAGCGGCAUUUCUUAAAAUGCAAAAGAUGUCUAGUGUGAAGUUUAGUUUCAAGUUCCUGUUUAUUGUGGUGGGCGAAAGAGAAGAGGAAUCGUUUGUUGUGAUGGAGGUAUGUAGAAAGAUUGUAAAAUACAAUCUUUUGUUGAAGAGUCUCCACACGCUCUGUGAUAUGGAUAUACAUUAUUUGACCGACACCUUUUCGUUUAUUGCAUCUUUUGCUAGUGUGUAA